AGGGAGGAGCCGGCGGGCGCCUCAGGUGGAUCCGGACGUCGGUCGCGGGCGGAGCGUGAGAUGGCUGAUUCUGACCCGGGGGAAAGAAACUAUGACAACAUGUUGAAAAUGCUGUCAGACCUGAAUAAGGACUUGGAAAAGCUGUUAGAAGAGAUGGAGAAAAUCUCAGUGCAGGCCACCUGGAUGGCCUAUGACAUGGUGGUGAUGCGCACCAACCCCACGCUGGCAGAGUCCAUGCGGCGGCUGGAGGACGCCUUCCUCAACUGCAAGGAGGAGAUGGAGAAGAACUGGCAAGAGCUGCUCAACGAAACCAAGCACAAGUAGCAGCCCUGCCGCCCACCUCUGGGCCUGCUGCCACCGCCCACCUGCGCAGAGAAGCCACUGGCAGGAAGCAGUGACCCGAAUGGGUAGCUGUGCA